UUACAUUUCAAAGGUCUUAUAAAUUUUGCGUGCAAUUUAAAGCUUACGAUUGGUUAAUAUGAUUUGUCAGAACUUCGAGUUUUUUUUUUUUUCUACAGAGGGCAGUAGAGUCGACACGGGUAAACAUUUCAAAGUUAUCAUCAUCAAAAUAAUCGUAUGAAAAAAUUGUACUCUCUUCGUAUUGUCGUAUAAAUUAAAGUUUAAUUAUAUAAAUAAUUGUAUCACUUAUCAUAGUAAUUAAUCUACAAAGAAAAAUAUCCAUUAAAAAGAUUUAUUUCUUACCUGGCAUAAUGUUAAUCCAUUUGAUUCUUCUCUCUGAAAUAAUUCUUUCAUCCAUGUAUAUAACUGCCUUAGAUACGAAAGAAUUAGUAGUUAUAAUUUUAAGUCAAAAAGAAGGUUAUCAUGCUGCACAUGCUGAUAUUUUACAACGAAGUAUAGAGGAACAAGCAAGCAUUUUGGAAGUAGAAGUACCAAAAAUUGUCUUAACUCAUCAAUUAGAUAUUAAAGGGUCCUGGAUAGUCAUACCGUUAUUUACAUAUUUAUCAGAUAAUUAUUCAAACGCAAAGUGGUAUUUCUUUUGCUUAGAAAAUACAGUCGUAAAAUUGAAUAAAUUGUUAAAUGUAUUUUCUCAAUUUAAUUCUAGUCAGGAAUUAUGGAUUGGUCACGCAUUGUAUGACGUUGAACCUACUAUAAUUCAUCAUUUUGCAGAGCAUAAAAAAAAAUUUAAAUAUCCCCAUAUUGCUACUGGAUUCGCAAUGACAUCGAAACUCUUAAAUAGAAUAGCGGAGGAAAUUUCAAUUGAAUUUAAUCUCAGCAAUGAUUUUUCUAUCGACGCUUCUUACGAAUUAGGAGGUUUUAUUUUAAAAAGCAAAAAGCCUGUAAAAUUAACUCAUGUUCCUCAGCUAUGUGUUGUUUCUACCUCUGAUUGUGCAACUUAUCCUAGGUUCUUUCAUCCAUGUGAUACAACAAUUUCUUUGCAAAAUGCAUAUUUUGCAAUAAAAACUUGUGUCAAGUAUCAUACAGAAAGAAUCCCGAUUAUCAAAAAGACAUGGGCAAAAUAUGCUUUAAACAUUGGAUAUUUCAGUGAUCAGGCAGAUAAAAACUUACCUGAGGCAUAUAUUGUAACAAAUACUACUAAAGGACACUGUGCCAAAACUUAUGAUAUUUUAAAAGAAGCCGCUAAUAUAUUGAAAAGUAAAAAUCUUGAUUGGUUGAUUAUAAGCGAUGACGAUACUAUUUUCAGUGUGGCACGAUUAAUGCGUUUAUUAACGUGUUACUAUCCUAAAAAUCAAAUUGCUAUCGGCGAACGUUAUGGUUAUCGAGUAUGGGAUAGUUCAUUUGGAUAUGAUUAUUUAACUGGUGGUGCUGGUAUUGCUCUAUCUGCACCUCUUGUUUAUCAAAUGAUUGAUUCAGAUGUUUGCAAAUGUCCAUCGUCAAAUACACCAGACGAUAUGUUUCUCUUUGGUAUAUGUCUACGCAGACUGAAUGUAGAACUUACUCAUUCUUCUUUGUUUCAUCAGGCUCGUCCUGCAGAUUAUGCUACUGCUUAUCUGGCAUCGCAAGAACCUGUAUCCUUUCAUAAAUUCUGGAUGAUUGAUCCUAUAAAAGUAUAUAAUCAAUGGUUUUCUGAAGCGGAUAGUUCACUUUCUGUACCCAGGAUUCAUACUGAAUUAGACGUUCUAAAUUUUCCUUAUUUUGGAAAAUCUUCUCCUGGAUAUGUUUAUAUACCUGUUAAUACAUUUAAAAUUAACAAAUUAGAACCACUUUUACUAAACCACUCUUCAUUUUCCGAUGGACCGAAUUGUUUUCUAACCGCGCAAUAUCGUAAUGCUAUGACCAGUGCAAGAUUAAGAAAACUCGAACAUAUCCAUGUAAUAUUAAAACGUCCUACUGAUAAUGCGCCAAAUGAUGCACCUAGAAAUAAUGUAAAUGUAUAUCUAUAUGUACCUAAACCACCAAUCCAGCAUUUUGCAGCUUCAAAAUCUGGUGAAUGUAAACAAAAGAAAAAUGUAUUAUUUUUAACGAUUAUUAGAGAUCUACAAAUAGAUCAAUGCAAAAAAAGUGCGCGCUAUUUAAAACCUGUGAUCGAUCGAUUGAUAGAAGAAAUUACGAAUCGUAGUGCAUGUACCGUUUUUGUAACGGACCGUACUUAUUAUGAAUUAAUAAAUAACAACAAGAAAGUUUUCGACAUUUUAAAAUAUAACAUCUUAUUGCACGAUAAUGAAGAAUUUUCUCCAGCAAGACAGCGUAUCCAAGAAAUUCUUGCUCACAGUAAAACAGCUAGAUGCAAUGGAUAUGUUAUACUUGUUGCUAAUGGCUUUUUAGUUUCUGAAUUUUUACAAUACGUAGAAAGAAAAGAAUUAAUCAAUACUCGUGGCUUCUUUUUAUUGUUACAUGAUUAUCGAAUUCUUACGUCUGAUUUGAAUUAUAUUUGGAACAGAAUAAUCAAUGUUGUAUUUGUACGUCGAUAUAAACCGUAUAAGUAUCGUUCAGGUGAUACAUCUGCUCGACCAAUAAUUAAUUUAGAGACUGUAUACUUUCCAAAUCAAAAACAAAAGUUUGUAAUAACAAAGUAUUUAGAUACAUGGUACGAUGGGAAAUUUCGUUAUGGCAAAAAUCACUUUGUACAAAAGAUCUCAGAUCUUAAAGGAAAAACAUUAAGAGUUUCAGUUUUUGAACACAUACCGGGUGUAACAAAAGAAUCACAAAAUUUUUAUAAAGGUGGUCCCAGUUAUAGCGCAAAAGGUUUAGGUGUUGAAUUUGAAUUGAUUCGUGUUAUUUCUCAAUUUAUGAACUUUAAGGCACAUUACUAUAUGCCUUACAAUAUAGAGAAUGACCGAUGGGGAGCAUUAGAAAAAAAUGAAACAUAUACUGGUCUUAUAGGAGAAGCAUUAGCAAGGAAAGCUACAUUCUAUAUUGGAGAUCUCUAUUAUACCUCCUAUCUUUUAAAAUUCUUUGAGCUAUCUAUCCCUUAUAAUACAGAAUGUCUUACUUUCUUAACACCAGAAUCUUUGACAGAUAAUUCAUGGAAACUUUUAAUUCUUCCUUUCAAGCUCUACACUUGGAUCGCAGUUCUUUUCACUCUUUUAUUAGCAGGGGGAAUUUUCUAUCUUUUUUCAUUAUCUUAUCAGAAACACAUAAUUACUUACAAGGAUGUUAAACGAAAAUUAGUCAACAUUAAUGAGUCCGACAAAAUAAAAGAAUUAAGGAUUAAACAAACAAAGAAGGGAUUAUAUUUGUUUACAGAAGCACAGAAUAGUAUGUUAUAUACAUAUAGUAUGCUACUUCUGGUAUCAUUACCUCGUCUGCCAAAUCCUUGGGCUUUAAGAGUACUUAUUGGAUGGUGGUGGAUUUACAGUAUUUUAGUCGUUGUAAUUUAUCGUGCCAGUAUGACAGCCAGCCUUGCUAAUCCUAUAGCUACAAUCACUAUUGAUACACUGAAUCAAUUAGCUAAAAGUUCUAUUUCUGUUGGUGGAUGGAGCGAAGAAAGUAAAGAAUUUUUCCUACAAUCUUUAGACUCUGAUAGUCAGGAAAUUGGUAAUAAAUUUCAAUUGAUCAAAAAUGAAAAAGAAUCUAUAGAAAAAGUAGCAAAUGGAUCUUUUGGUUACUAUGAAAAUGAAUUUUCCUUGAGGUUCGCUCAUAUUACAAAAUAUGUACUGGAGAAAGAGCAACAAGAAAAUAAUACACAAAAUAACAAAACAUCUGAUGUAAAACAUAAUUUACAUAUUAUGAAAGAUUGUAUCAUAAAUAUGCCAAUUGCUCUUGGAAUGGACAAAAAUUCUCCAUUAAAGCCAUGUGUCGAUUUAUGGAUUAGACGUAUGAUAGAAGUUGGAUUAGUAAAUAAAUGGUUAAGUGAUGUUAUUUAUCCAUUGCAACUUACUGAAAGACAACAAGAGAAAGUGUCAGAGAAAGCAUUGGUUAAUCUCCACAAGCUUUAUGGUGCUCUUGUAGCUCUUAGCAUUGGUUACUUCUUUAGCUUAAUAGCAUUAUUAUGCGAAAUUUUACAUUGGAAAUAUAUUAUUUUAAAUAAUCCUAAAUAUGAUAAAUAUCAUUUAGAUAAAUUCUAUGCAAAAAUAUGA